GGAUAUUAUUUCUUUUAAAAUGUUGCGUCCCUGUUGUUGUUAUAGAAUCGUUAUAUUUUCGCCUUUCAAAAGAUUCUACCACCAAUGGAAUAUUUGUAAGAGUGUUGUCUAUCUUGACAAUAAUAUUGUAGCAAUAAACAAGCCGAGCGGUAUUGCUGUGCAUGGUGGUCCUGGGGUAUCAAACGAGCUUACAAGUGAAUUGAUCAAGUUGAAGUUUGACUGUGUGGAAGCACCCCAGCUUGCUCAUCGAAUAGACAGAGACACAAGUGGAGUACUCAUCCUCAGCAGAAAUUUGUCGACUGCACGGAUAUUAGCCGAGUGGUUUCAUAAACGUUUAAUUAGGAAAGUCUAUUGGUGCGUAUGGCAUCAAGUUGACACUUGUUGGCGAUGGGCAUUGAUCUGUGUGUGUGUGUGUGUGUGUGUGUGUGUGUGUGUGUGUGUGUGUGUGUGUUUGUGUGUGUGCAGGGCUGUUGUCAUGGGAAUGCCAUCACAACCUCAUGGCACAAUUAGCGUUCCCACUGGUUACAAACCAGUAGGACAACGAGCAGGAUUUACAGUCACAGUUAUUUGUGACGAGUCAAAAACGAAGUGGCGUUCUCUGAAACGAUCUGUGACUCAAUACAAAGUGUUGAAAAGUUGUCACAAAUUGGGUCUAUCACUAGUGCAAGCCACGCCCAUCACUGGUCACAGACAUCAGGUGCGUGUUCACUUUGCUCAUGUCCUCGACUCACCAAUUUUCGGUGAUACAAAAUACGAUAAUCACAGACACCAUGUCAGACAGUCUAUACGACAUCUGAUCAUGAAGGGAAAACACACUGAUGAGCUAAAGCUUCAUCUUCACUCGAAAGAGAUUGUGCUGCCAACUCGUAGACUGACCCACUAUCGCAAUGAUAUUACAAUUUGUGCACCUUUGCCACACUAUUUUGCAGACACUAUGAAAGCAUGCGGUUGGAUGGACACCAACUAGGAUCAUAGUCUCAUUUGUUAAUAUCAACUAGCCUUAUGUACAGAAUUAUUAAUAUUAAUGAAUUUUAUGAUGACAUUGGUCUGGUCGAGGA